AAGGUUUUUUAAGACUGGUUUGUGGUCACAGGCCAAGUAGCAUACACCACUUUGGUUUUUUCAAAUGUAAAUUAAAGAUCAGAAUUGGGUGUGUCACUAUUGUGAAUGUAUUGUACUUCAGCUUUUUAAACGAGUAAUAGACUCCCUGAGAGUUUAAUUAGUUUUCUAGAUUUUUAGUGAAGGAGGCGCAAUUGGAGGCGGGCGUUAUAUAGAGGCAGGGUUUUAAUUAUUAGAGCAUCUACGUCUAGUUAAAGGUAACAAAAACGACUUUAUCACUGGAUUUCUUUCCUUUCACGCUUGAGAGCUCAUCGGUUAUUAAAUAUCCGAGAAUCAAUGAGUUCAAAAUUUUACCUUCUUAACAAAUCUACAAAAUUUUAGCUUAAUCUAAAUCAACAAGUUUCUUGCGUAAUUCAUACGCAGGGUUUUAAUUCUUUAAGUAAGGAAGGAAGGCUUAAUAUCAAAAUAUGUCUUCGAGCCCGGUUGAUAGGCAAAACUUUCAAAUCAGUGAAAAACAUAUCAGCGAAUUUUGAAGCUUCUCGUUUUUCACAUCUUUUCCUAUCAUUUAAGGCCCAAGCGACAAUAUAGAGAUGAACAAAAGAGUACAUAAAAACAACAGACACAGUUUUGGUUUUCAACCUUCUGCAGUAAACUUGAUGAGAAAUGUUUACCUUCAUAUGAAAACAAACCCAAGACGUAUCACUGCCAAAUAUUUUGUAGUGAUUGAGUGUAAGCGUGGUCACGCAGUUGCACCUUGCACGUUACCUUACACGUUACAUUGCACGUUACCUUACACGUUACCUUACGCGUUCUUUGCACGUUACCUUGCACGUUACCUUACACGUUACAUUGCACGUUACCUUACACGUUACCUUACGCGUUCUUUGCACGUUACCUUGCACGUUAGGUAACCAAAGAAACUGCUGCUGCGUUGUUAAAGCUUGGUUUCCAUCUGGCGUAAAUUCGCGUUAAACAGGUUGCUCUAUAAAUGGAGUUACUUUUUGGAAACGUCGAUGAAUAAUUAGCGCACCUGUUUUAAUUUCGAUUAGGGCGCAGACUAAAUAUCAAAACUAAUUUAACGCCAGAUAGAAAGUAAGCUUAACCAAUGGAUGAACUGGAAAAAAACCCUUCGGGCUGUGGUAGUUGGGCGUUGACAAAGUUACUAGAAACAAUUUGUAUGUAACCAUAUUAAAUUGGAGACUACUGAUGAUUUGAAUUUACAACUUUAGCAUAAUACAAUUCGCAAAAAAAAACUGGUUACUCAUAAAUUAUUCAUAUCUUUUCGAAUCAUGCCGAAAAUGAGGAAAAUCAGAGCGUUGCGAGAGAAGUUCGAAACAUAUUUUGAUAAAAAAUAUAACCUUGGAGGAAAGAAUACAAUCCAAGAUAUAACAGAGCGAAUCUAACUUAAACUGGAUGUUCUAUUAACUGUAAAAAUUCUUGUAUUUAAUCAAGUUGUUGAUCAAACCAGGAUGGAGUUGCGGAAAUGGAUCAGCGUGAAGUAUUCAAAAUUUUAAUACAGCAUUGGAUAUUUUGUGUGUUGUUGAUAAUACAAGUUUUUUCUUUGCAUGUUGAUAGAAGGCCAGCUUCAUGUUCUGCUGACAAAUUUGCUGACGGUUGUUCGGUACCGUCAGUUAUUCCUGCACCUUUCAAGAAAGAGUUUACUCCUGCUUGUAACAGACACGAUAUCUGCUACGGAUGUGGUUAUCAUUAUAAUUGGUCACGUGCACAGUGCGAUGAAGCUUUCUAUAAAAACAUGAAACUAAUCUGCGAACAUUUAAGAACAAGACGAUCGGUGCUAGAUUAUUUCCUAAAUCUGUGGAACACGAUUAACAAAAUAGGUAGCACAAAGAGUCAGUGUUUAACAUCAGCUAAAAUAUAUUACGAAGGUGUUCAUUUGUUUGCUGACUCUCAUUUUGAUCGAAAAGAACAUGAUUAUUGUCUGUCCACAUGCGCAGACAAACACGGUAAUCCAAAGUUUAAUGUAACAGUGUAAUAUUAACACGAAAUCAAUUGAAAUUAAAUAUAUUAAAGUGUAAAAAUUUUAUCCGACUGUGCACAACAGUCCUCGAAGAUGUUCAAGCCGCUAUACCAAACAGUUGAAUUUCAAAUAGGCAUACAAAAGGCUUUGCAGAAGAGGAUAGGUGAUUUAAUUGCUUCAGAAAGUCAAUGAGAUAAUGAAUUGGUAAUAAUUUUGGCCCGAAGUCUGUGCUUUGUGACGUGACGAUAGCCACAAAAACAAAAAAGCAGGAAUAGAGGAAUUCUUGUCAAUAAGUUGCGCAUGAAAGUAUAGUAAAUGUAACCUACUGUUUAAAAAGUAGAAACAAAAAGAUAUUAUAAAGCUACAUUACAGUACCGAAAAUGAAAAAUGGCGUAUGUCAAUGGCGUAUUGUUUUAGAGGUCCCACUGUUGAUGUACUUAACUGCAAUCCAAAUCUAUACCUGAAAUACACAGUGUUUUUUUUACGUGUUGUUUAUUCUGUUAUUUAUGUUAAAGAACAAAUGUAAAGUUGGGUUUCCAUGAAGCGAAUUCGGCGGAGAUAUAUUUUUGAUUUCCACUAGAAAGAAAAAAAAAACGUAGCGAAUUUAAAAUACCGAAAAUAAAUAUUAAUGUGAAAAACGAAACAGUUGUU